CUGCUCUCCAGUCAGUCAGCGGCGCAGGGCAGACGGAGCAGCGGAGCGGAUCUAUAUCAGCCUACCAGCCAGAGCAGAACCUGCAGCAAGCAGAGCCCAGCAACAUGGAGCUGUGAGGGCUCGGGCCGACCGGGACCUGCUUCCCCUGAAAGAAAUCACUAUUUCAUUUUACCUAUUUACCGCAUCUGUGAGCGUUUUUUCCACAACAUGGAGACAACGGGCUGCUGGCUGCUACUGGCUGCACACUUCAUCUUCAUCUGCCAACAAGCUGGAGGAUAUGCAUACAGGAAUCAGCGCAAGUUCUCAGAAGAAAUUGACUGGUCAUAUGCAGGAACAUUAAACCAAAACAACUGGGCCAAGAAGUUUCCAUCCUGCAGCAACGCCAAGCAGUCUCCUAUUAACAUCGAGGAGAACCUGGCUCAGGUGAAGCUGCAGUACCAAAAGUUGAGAUUUGAUGGCUGGGAAAGCCUGACAACUGGCAGAACGACCAUCAAGAAUGAUGGCAAGACUGUGGCCGUUGAUGUGGAUGGAGAGUUCUAUGUCAGUGGAGAGGCUCUCAGGUCAAGGUUCAAGGUAGGACGCAUCACUUUCCACUGGGGGCCCUGCAAUGCCUCCUUGGACGGCUCAGAACACAGUCUGGAUGGAGUCAAAUACCCUCUAGAGAUGCAGAUCUACUGUUAUGAGGCACAUCGGUUUGACUCCUUAGAUGAAACCAUCAAGGCCGGAGGCAGAAUCACAGCACUCGCUGUUCUGUUUGAGACAAGCAUCGCAGACAACAUGAACUACGCUUCUAUUAUAGAUGGCAUCAGCAGCGUGAGCAGAUAUGGAAAGAGUGCAGAGGUUUUACCCUUCGAUCUGCAAGGUCUGCUGCCGAACUCCACAGAUAAAUACUUCAUCUACAAUGGCUCCCUAACUACACCGCCCUGCAGUGAGACUGUUGAGUGGAUCGUCUUUAAGAACACAGCGGCCAUCUCUGACGAACAGUUGGGAAUGUUCUGCGAAGUGAUGACGAUGCAGCAGGCUGGAUACGUGAUGCUGAUGGACUAUCUGCAGAACAACUACAGGGAGCAGCAGCAGCAGUUCAUGGGUCAGGUGUUCUCCUCCUACACGGGCACUGAGGAGGUCCUCACACCAGUUUGCAGUUCAGAGCCGGAGAACAUCCAGGCAGUGCCCUACAACCUGAGCAGCCUGCUGGUGACGUGGGAGCGGCCUCGGGCGGUGUACGACGCCAGCAUUGAGAAGUACUCCGUCACCUACCGACUGGCCAGUGCAGAAACGUCUGUCCACUCUGAAUACCUGACCGACGGAGACCAGGAUGUGGGAGCGAUCCUCGACGACCUGUUGGCCAACACCAGCUACACGGUCCAGGUGGUGGCGGUCUGCACUAACGGUCUCUAUGGACGUGUGAGCGACAUGCUGACGUUUGUCAUGCCCGUCGACGACCCCGAAAAUGUGCUGGAUCCAGAUUCAGAUGAAUUUGAUGACGAGGGCAACUAUGAACCUGAUCUGUCUUGGAAUGGACCAGACAAAAUCCAGGAUAAUGACGUGGAUUGGAGUGCUACAAACUCACAGAGGAUCAGAACAUCUGAAUCACCUUUUUUACCUUUACCUGGCUUGAGAACUACAACAGCACAGUUUGGUCAAAGGAGAACCACCACUGAUCCAGUUCCCCCUCUCAGAUCCACCCAGUCAGGUCAAGAGCUGAGCCGUUCCAAAGAAGCAACGUACCAUAGUACCUCCUCACUACCACCAGAGGUCAUCCUAUCAGAAGAAAGCACAGCCAGUGCUGACUUCAGCGGUGCUGACAAAGCUCCUGUUUAUUCCACCACAACAACCAACAAACCCCUCAUUGCUACUUCCACUACUCCUUUAUAUCCCAUUACAAAGACGGAAGGUGCUCAUCGAAGCAUAGGUCCAAAAGACUCCUCUGAAAAAGCAAAAGGUGGUGUCAGUACCACUACUCCUGCUUUCAUUGGCGCAAAGGCGAAAGGUGGUAAAAGCAUUUCUCCAUUCAGCACCACCACCACUAUAAUGGCUUCUCAUGCCAGUGACAUGAGCAGCACAACAUUAUCAUCAUCAUCAUCAUCCUUCAUCCAGGCUGAGGUUGACCCAGGUUUGGCAAUUCCCCUAAAUGAAGACACCACCACUGAUGGAAGUGUUUCCACUGAAGCCAGAGGUCUUCUUCCAGAAACCCAGACAGAAACUUCGACUGGCCAGCCUUUCUCCUCAAGUGAAGCUGUUCUACGUAGGCACACAAGUCCCAUCAUGCCUCAUUUUUCAACAACCACUACCUCUGUUGGCUUGAGUGCCGUUCUCUUGCAGACCACACAGCCAAUGUCCAACGGUGAGAGCCCCUCUGUCUUCCCCUACUCUUCCUCCUCCUUUGCCUCCUCCCCUCUGUGUGACACUGCAGACCCCAGCGCUGCCCCCUCCACUUGCUUGCAUGACCCUCCCUCUUCGUGGCCUGUGUUGUCUGCCCCUGCAUCGGACUCCCAGCAUGUUGCUACCACGCCGCUGUCUAGCAAAGACACAGCUUCUCCUUCAAUAUCCACCGUCUCUGCCUCCACCCUGCCUCACCUCCCUCACUCCUCUCAAUCCCUGUCUGGUUGGGAGACUGACCCCGUCUUCCCUGGUGUUGGGUUUGAUGAUAGUGAUAGCACUGGUGAUUUGUUAUCUGGGUCUUCAGGGGAUCCCUCAGUAUUUAGUGAUACCCCUCCACUCCAGAGGGUGCCGGACACAUCUGACACCGUUGUCGUUGCUGAGAUCUCUGAAUCUGCCUGGGAUCCAUCCCUCUCGACAGUCUCUUCGCCUGUCAGCCCCACCCUCCAGCCUUCAGUUCUUCUUUCUCCUGACUUCACUCUUUCCGGUGCCACCCCAGGCCUGUCCAGACCUUUCUCAGUUGGGUAUGAGGACUCAAGAUAUGCUAAAGGAAGCACAAUAGAAUCUUUCCUCCCUGAGGUCAGUGGUGAUGGGUUUCCAUUAGCUAGUGAUGUGGAUGCCAUGUGUGGCUGUUCUCUGGAGCUAUCAGCAUCCUCAUCCUGGUUGCAUGCAUCUCCUCAUGUGCCCCUGCCAUCCUCUGCUUGGGACUCAACUAAUUUAGAGCUUCGCUCUAGUGUGGGCUUCCUUUCGACCUCAGGUGUUGCUGUAAACAACCCUCUGCGCUCUCUGUCUGUGGUGGGCUCUGAUAGUCUGUCCUCAGACCAGCCUCUGCUCUCCCAUAGUGCUAUCUCACCCUCACUGACCUCUCCACAUUCCCAGUUUCUCCAAGCCACCCAUAGUGACCUGCCCAUUUCUGUUGCAGCCACAGCAUCUGCUGUCACGGAUUCCUGGUUCUUGGCAUCAGACAGGAACAAUGCCUUCCAAACUUCUGCCCUCCCUCUGUCACCCACAACCUCCCCUUUUACCCCCACACCAGAGGCACUAGUAUUAGACAGUAGUAGUAGUGCCUCCGGUUCAGCCCUGUUCCCUGACUCACAAGAAGGCAUAGAUCAGGAGUGGGACAGGGUUCCCACUUCAGCCUCUGGAGAGAGCGUGCUCCCUUAUUCAACCAAAGUCAGUAGCACUGUCCCCCUCUCCACGGCUUCAGAGUCUGGUCAGACCCCAGAUGAUAUGGAGGACCACUCCUCAGCAUUCUACUUUGAAAGUGGGAGUGGCAGUGCCAUCACCUCAGAGGUAGGAGGCACAGCAACGCCAACCAUAUCACCGGUAACCUCGGCUUCACCCUGGUCGCUGGGUGGGGAGGAGGAGAGCGGUUCAGGACAGGGUGAAAGCCUCUUCGACAACGAGACAUCUUCUGACUUCAGUAUCUCAGAGCGCACAGAAAGAGAGUCGGAGGAAGAGGAAGCAGUUGCAGAUGCCAGUAACAGCAGCCAUGAGUCAAGGGUUGGCUCCUUCAUGGAUAAAGAGAGGAAGGCUGUGAUUCCUUUGGCUGUCAUCUCCACCCUCACUGUGGUCAGCCUGAUGGUCCUCAUUGGUAUUCUCAUCUACUGGAGGACUUGUUUCCAGACGGCUCACUUUUACAUCGACGACAGCUCAUCACCCAGAGUCAUCACGGCACCAUCCACCACUGCAUUAGCGUCUGAUGAGCAAACGGCUUUUCCAGUGAAGGACUUUGUCAAACAUGUUGCUAAACUUCAUGACACUCAGGCCUUCCAACGAGAAUUCGAGAUACUGAAGCAGAGCUACGAGGAAGUGCAUGCGUGCACUGUGGACCUUGGGAUGACCACUGACAGCUCCAACCAUCCUGACAACAAGACUAAGAACAGAUACAGCAACAUCUUGGCCUAUGAUCACAGCCGGGUGCGGCUCUCACCACAGGCUGACAAAGAUGGGAAAACGACCGAUUACAUCAAUGCAAACUACGUUGAUGGUUUUAAGAAGCAGCGGUCAUACAUCGCUGCUCAGGGUCCUCUGAGGUCAAGCACUGAAGACUUCUGGAGGAUGAUCUGGGAGCAGAAUGUCGGAGUCAUCGUUAUGAUCACCAACUUGGUGGAGAAAGGACGAAGAAAGUGUGAUCAGUACUGGCCAAUGGAGGUGCCGGAGGAAUACGGCAGCUUCGUGGUGACAGUGAAGAGCACCAGAGUUCUCGCAUACUACACCCAGAGAACCUUCACUGUCAGGAACACCCACAGCAAAAAGGGCUCCCAGAAGGGCUGGGGCAAUGAGCGGACAGUAACACAGUACCAUUACACCCAGUGGCCUGACAUGGGCGUCCCAGAGUUCGCUCUGCCACUGCUCAGUUUCGUCCGCAAGUCGUCCAAAGCCAAGACAAACGACAUGGGGCCGGUGGUGGUGCACUGCAGUGCUGGUGUUGGUCGGACAGGGACAUAUAUUGUCCUGGACAGCAUGUUGAAGCAGAUGAAAGACGAGGGCACCAUCAACAUCACAGGCUUCCUGAAACACAUUCGCACACAGAGAAAUUACCUGGUUCAAACAGAGGAACAGUUUGUUUUUAUCCAUGAUGCCUUGGUGGAAGCCUUCUUGUCUGGAGAGACAGAAGUAAUGGCAGCACACCUGCACAGAUACGUGGAUGAGCUGCUGACCCCGGGGCCUGCUGGGAGGACACGCCUCGACAAACAGUUCAAGCUGGUUUGUCAUUCUGGAGUGAAGCACUGUGACUACUCUGUAGCUCUGCAGGACUGCAACUGUAACAAGAACAGAAACAGCUCAGCGAUACCUGUUGAAAGGUCACGAGUACGUCUGUCCACGGCAGCAGGGGAAACGUCCGACUACAUUAAUGCAUCGUACAUCGCUGGCUACAGGCAGAGCAGCGAGUUCAUCAUUACCCAAAAUCCUUUGCCUGACACCAUAAAGGACUUCUGGAUGAUGAUAUGGGACCACAAUGCCCAGGUCAUCGUAUCACUGCUUGGGAUGGAGGAGGAAGCAGACCUCUGCAUCUUCUGGCCCCGCAAAGGGCAGCCAAUCAGCUAUGAGAUGUUCACUGUCACUCAGCGGAGCGAGACCCACGUCUGUCUGUCCAAUGAGGACAUGUUGGUGGUCCAUGACUAUGUACUAGAAGCCACACAGGAUGACUUUGUUCUGGAGGUGAAACACUUCCACGCCCCCCGCUGGCCAAAUCCAGACAGUCCCAUCAGCAACACCUUCGAGCUCGUCAACCUGGUGAAGAAAGAGAGCGCUACCAAGGAUGGCCCGACUGUGGUCCACGAUGAUGUGGGUGGAGUCACAGCAGGAACGUUCUGUGCUCUGUCUUCUCUGACUCACCAGCUGGACACUGAGGGAUCAGUCGAUGUCUUCCAAGUGGCCAAGCUGACAAACCUUAUGAGACCAGGAAUCUUCAGUGACAUCGAGCAGUACCAGUUCCUAUACAAAGCCAUGCUGAGUCUCAUCGGGACACAAGAAGACGAGAAAACACUCCAGUCCUCUGACAACAAUGGAACCAUUGUGGUGGGAACCGCCAGCACCGCAGAGAGUCUUGAAUCUCUGGUGUAGCCUCCCAAAAAACCGCAAAGAACUUUUACAGCAUUUUGUCACCAACACAACUUCUCCUGAUGCCAGACUCACGCUACAACUCCUCAGUAAACAUCCUUGUCGUUCAGGUCUCUGCGUGUUGUAGUUUGAGACUGGCCUGUUUCUUCUUCGCUGGAUUUGGACUCUUAAUGGUUUUGUAAUGUGUGCCUUUUUGUAUUCUUUAUUCUGUACUUCUAACUUUGAUACAAACUGUAGACUAACUGCUCAGUGUUCUAAUGUUGUAUUGCCCUGAGACUUUUCACUCUACUAACUUUUCCUAAACCUUUGUAUUUAUUGGCACUGAGCCAAAUGGGUGAAAAAAAAGGGAAAAUCUGCAUCUUUUUACAUCAAAUGAUAUUUUGUUAGCUUGUCUUUUAUAGAACUCCUGCACUGAACUCCUCUCUGUAAAUACCAUUGCAACAGUAGCGGCAGAAUGCUAAUGAAGUCAAAUCUAAAAUAAGGGCCUGGAAUAAUAAAAUAAUAAUAAUCUAAUGUAAAUAAUAUUAUAGUAAUCAUCUCGAUGGACCAAAUUUCUAUUUAUACUUUUAGAUUUUUAUAUUUUACCAAUUUUAGUGCAUUCAGUUGUUACGAUUUAAUUCUAAUUGCUUAGCUGCAGAACAUUAAUGCUUUUAUACUCUGGAUUUUGUAACAGACUAAUGUGAUGCAUGGGGUACUGACAUGUUACUUUUUUUAGCUGGACAUGAAACACUGCUGGAUUAUUAGAUAGGGGAUUAAAGAAGUGAAAGAACACCAAAGAAA